AUGAAAAAUCGUAAAAAUAAAAACACGGUUCAAAAAUUAAUAUUUCUAUUUAACAUGGCCUUAGUGUACAGAAAUCUUGAUAUUCAUAAAAAUUUAAUAAAAAGAAUGUUUUUAGUUGCAAAGAAAUUUUUGAUUAAAAUUCCACCUUCAAUUAAAAGAUCUGUUUGUGGUAAAUGUUUUAAGUUAAGGAUUACAAAUGGUAGCUCUAAGAUAGUUGAUAUUAGGAAUGAAAAAUAUUUAGAAUGUCAGUGUAAAUGUGGUAAUAUUAAAAGAUAUAAAUUAAAUAAAAAUAAUAAAAGAUGCAAAUUGAACAAGAAUGGUAAUGUUACUAAACAAAUAAAUGAUAUAUCAUUAAAUGUAUCUAAUAAUUAA